AUGAGUACUACAUAUAAACAAAAACAAAAUUUUUCAAAUACUUUUGAACAUAUUUGUCUAUGGGAACAACAAUGUCAAACUUUAUACAAUGAUAUAAAUGAAGCAGUUAAAUAUUUAGAUACACUUCAUGAUACAUAUACGAAAGUAUCGUAUAAAACAAAUUCUCUUUAUCGAGCUUGUGAACAAUUAUUAGCUGAUCAGACAAAAUUAUUAAAUAUAACAGAAUGUAUUGAAAAUCGUUUAUCUUAUUUUGAUGAUGUUGAUCGAUUUUCUAAAAAUCUUUCGAUAACUCCAUUAGUAUCUGAUAUAAAACAAUUAAUUCCAACUUUAACACGUAUUGAUGAAUGUCUUGCUUAUUUUGAUACACAUAGUUCAUUUAAACAAUCUCUUGUGUAUAAAAAUCAAAUGAAACAAGUUUUAUUAAAAGCAUUAAAUAUUAUUAAAGCACAUAUUAUUCAAAUAUUACAAAAUUCUUCAAAUACUAUUGAUCCGAACAAGAAUCAUACACUUUUAUCCGAUGAUGCAUAUACACUAUUUUAUGGACGAUUUCGAAUAAAUGCACCAAAAGUAAAAGUAUUAGCAGAAGAACUUGAACAACGUUGUACAAGAAAUCCUGAAUAUGAAAAGACAUUAUCGGAUUGUCAUGAAUGUUAUGCUAAUCAAAGACGAAUAUUAUUAACAUCAAGUGUGCAAAGUGCUAUACAAGAUUUAGCAACAAAAAAUGAAAGAGAUAUGUGUACAUUGGUUCGUAGUGGUUGUGCAUUUUUAUUGCAUCUUUGUCAAGAUGAAUAUCAAUUAUUUUAUCAAUUUUUUUCAAAACAUUCAGUUUAUUUGGACACAAUGUUAUCUGGAUUUUGCAAUUUACUUUAUGAUAAUCUCCGUUCUCGUAUUAUUCAUGUUAUUCAUUUGGAAACACUUGCUGAACUUGUGACUAUUUUAAAAGUUGAAAUGGUUGAAGAACACGUAAAAAACAGUGCUAAAGAAUUAUCAACAUUUGAAACAGUAUGUACACAAAUGCUUGAAGAUGUUCAAGAACGACUUGUUUAUCGUACACAAGUUUAUAUACGUAAUGAAAUUCUUGGCUAUAAACCAUCGCCAGGUGAUAUUGCUUAUCCAGAAAAACUUGAGAUGAUGCAGAAAAUUGCACAAUCAUUGAAAGAACAACGUGUAUCAAGAUUAAAUUCUCAAUCUUCAGUUGAUUCAACCAAUGAAGUCUUUUUUGAAACUAUACCUGGUACUGAUCUUUCUGUUAUUUCAUCACCUAUAACAACAAAAGAUGGACAAAUAUCAUCACCUGCUGAUCUUCAUGGUAUGUGGUAUCCAACUGUACGACGAGCACUUGUUUGUUUAUCAAAAUUAUUUCGUUGUCUUGAUCGUAAUAUUUUUCAAGGUUUAUCUCAAGAAACUUUAACAAUGUGUGUUCGAUCCUUAAUAACAGCAAGUGAACUUAUAACACAACGAAAAACACCUAUAGAUGGUCGUUUAUUUUUAAUAAAACAUUUACUUAUAUUACGUGAACAAAUAGCACCAUUUAGUGUUGAUUUUGCUGUUAAAGAAAUGGUUAUUGAUUUUACAAAAUUAAAAGAAGCUGCAAUGAAAUUUUUAUCAAAAAAAUCAAAAUUAUUAUCAAUGAAUCGUGAUAAUGCUUUUUUAGAAUUUCUUCUACAAGGUACAUUACAAGUUAAAGAAUCAUUUAUUGAUUCAAAACGUGAAGUUGAUAAACAUUUAAAACAAACAUGUGAAUUAUAUAUAGCUGAUUUAUCAAAUCAAUUAUGUGGAACAAUAAGACAAUAUUUACAAAAAGCACAAAUUAUUUUAAAAAUGAAUUUUGAUCAAAAUAAUAAACAAAAAGUUUCAUUAAGACAACAACCAUUUGCUAAACCUGAAAUAUUACAUGAACUUAUUAUUGAAAAUUAUAAUUUAAUGAAAAAACAAUUACCAGAUAUAUUUAAAAUAAUGUCACUUUAUUUAGCAAAUAAAGAUACAGAACAAAUAUUAUUUAAACCUAUUAAAGUAGGUUUUGUUUGA